AAGGAAAUGUGUCAUCUGUGGUCUGGUUUUAAAAGUGGAAAGCUAGCUGUACAUAUCCUUUUCUUUAACUGCAGAUUUACUUUAAAGUUCAUAUUCUCCAAGUCUAUUCUGCUUUAAGUUACUGGGAGCUGUGCUUCAAGACAAGAAAAGAAGCGGCUUUUAUUAAAAUCAGGUUAAAAUCAGAUUCUGACCAAGAAUUUGUAAGAUUACCAGUGUGCUCACGGAUAUGGAGACAGUGGGACGUUACCUGCACCUUGCCUUUGUGAUGACAACAGUUUUUUCUUUGCAUCCCGGAGCAAAAGCAAACUAUACCCACCUGUGGGCUAACGGCACUACGGUCUGGGAUCCAGAUAUUCAAACUAAGGCGGGCAGAGACCAGAAUGAAAACAUGAACAGCAGCCCUCCCCCUUCUGCCGUAGAUAAAGAGGGUAAUUCUACAAACACGACUGAAAGAGCCACGUCAUCUCCUGCCCUCUCUCUAACUUCUCAGUGGGAACCGGAGACUUCUAGGCCUUCUGUCGUCAGGAACGGCUCUCCGACAGUACAGAGCAUGGAAAACGCAAGCAAAAGCCACCAUGAAAUUUUCAAGAAAGGGGUCUGUGAGGAAAACAGCAACAAAAUGGCUAUGCUAAUUUGCUUGAUUAUCAUUGCAGUGCUUUUUCUCAUCUGCACCCUCCUAUUUCUUUCGACUGUAGUUCUGGCAAACAAAGUCUCAUCUCUCAGACGAUCAAAACAAGUAGGCAAGCGUCAGCCGAGAACCAACGGCGACUUUCUGGCAAGCGGCGGCCUGUGGGCUGCUGAAUCAGACACCUGGAAAAGAGAGCACCAGCUCACGGGGCCCAACCUUGUGCUGCAGUCUCCCGGGACCCUCCUAGCUACGAGGGAAAGGAAAGAUGGAGGAGGAGCUGGAAACCCCCCUAACUGACAAAAGUGUUAGUAGGGACACACACGAAGCAGCGAUGAGAAAGCUUAUGAAGUAAAAAUGAAGUCGCUGUGAUACUCAAUGCCAAGUUGGUCCGGGGCUCUAAACUGUGUGGACACAAGCAGGCCUGCAAUUCAGAAUUAAGCAGGUGCGAGCGAAGGGGGGGAAUUCAGCUCACCUUCUCAAAUACUUAGACUGUGCACUUGUAUUCCAACACUGAAUAUCUAAAAAAGCAAAUAAUAAAACACCCAAGAAAGUGGAGAAGGUUUUAAAGACGAGCUGGAGGAAAUGACUGAUUAAUGGAGGAAGAAGGGAACAAUUAAAUAUGUCCUGGCCAGCCACAGUAGUUAGGUGGUCGUUGUCUGAAUGUAAUUAAACUUCCAAGAGUUUUGUGUGCCCUUCGAGGCAAACAUCUGCUUCAACAUCUAACAGAAGCCAAAUUCCUAACGCACAGAGUUGAACUGUAGUUUAAUGGUGCCUCUGCCGAACGCAACGCAAUCGGUACCAGCUCAUGUAUCAACACAGCUAAUUUUAUGCUAGAUGUUUUCAUCUCUAUGCAUGGCACACAUAAGAAAAUGUUUUUCUACUACAAAUAUUUAAUUAAAACUUUUAAUUUUGUAUCCUAAAUUAAGACUCAUUAGAAUAAAACUGACUACAUAUA